AUGAGGUCUAUGGUAGAAGCAGAUUGCGGUCGACCGAAUGAUCUGGUGAAAUUUUCAAAGACGGUUAUUCGAGAGGCUCCCAAUAAUUUGUCGCCGUUGAAAUCUUUACCGCUUCCCAUUCAUCUUAAUCUUGGUGAUCAACUUGCGGAAGAGUAUCUUCGUGGUUUGUCCAACAAAGAUGAAACUCCAGCAACCUUUGACUUGUUCGAACUUAAAAAGCAGUUGAUGAAAAUAUCCAACGGAGAAAGCUUUGACCGUCAGUUAUUAGAUCCUGGCUCUGAAUUUCGAAAUUUCUCCUUGAAAUCAUCUUCAUUAACUCCUUCUGUCGUUGCCCACCGGUGGAUUGACGAAAUGGCUGCUGCAUCAACUAGCAGACUGGCUUCAGAAUGGUCAGAAGAAUAUUCCAGAUUAUCGGGCCGUGAAAGUUUGGAAACAAUUUGGGAAAAUGAUGAUUCGGAAAAAGCUUUUCAUAAUCCUAAUUUCUUGUUUAACGGUUUUCUUGAGCGAGCAUUGGGUAAAAUGGGGUUUAAUCAAUACUUGUUAAGAGCAUCUUCUGACGUAUGGGCAUCGGAAUUCCUAUCUCAAUUCGAUAACUCUCUUAAACACUCUAAAAUUACGGAGAGUUCCUGGGUCGCAGAAUUUCUUGAAAAGGGAUUACUUGGCACGUCAAAUAAUUUUUUGGAUUCCCUUGACCAUGGUGCUGGUGAAGAUUUAAGAUUGAUGGAUACGGUUGACCUACAUAGUUUGUUGUAUAAUAAUUACUCGUUUGAUGCUCAGAAUCCUUUCGUAAACUCUGAAAAUCCUGUUCAGACUGCUCUUGAAUCUAUACAUUUAGGACAAUUGCCGCAGGCCAUUCUUUGCUUAGAGGCAGCACUGCAAAAAACCCCCAACUACUCUUUGGUUAAUUUGCUUUUUAUGGAAUUAGAAGCAUGGUACUUGUUGGGCCUGUGUCAAGCAGAAAAUGAAGAUGAUGUGAAGGCGAUAUGUGCAUUAACCCGUUCUUUAGAGCUGGAUAGUUCCAAUGGUGAUGUGUACCUAGCGUUGUCUGUUUCUCUUGCCAAUGAAUCUUUGGAGAAGGCCGCUUUGACGCAGUUGAAUCUCUGGAUUCAUUCACAUCCAGUUUACAAUAAGUUUUUGCAGAGCUACUCAGGUGUCGAAAUGUCCUUUAUAGAAGAUGAAUUUAAUAAGGUUGAACCAAAAUUCUUGGAAGCUGCUCAGCACCAGCCACCUGAAGGUGACUCAACUUUACAGAAUGCAAUAGGAAUUUUGUAUAACCUCAGAAGGGAUUAUGCAAAAGCGUCUGACGCUUUGAAGGCAGCUGUUUCUAUCCAGCCAAAUGACCCACGUUUAUGGAACAGGCUUGGAGCUACCUUAGCAAAUGCUGGUUAUCCAGCCGAAGCAGUAGGCGCUUACCACAAGGCACUAUCACUUUACCCAAAUUAUGCGCGUGCCAAGUACAAUUUGGGAGUUGCCUGUAUGCGUUUGAGGAGCUAUGGAGAUGCCAUCGGUCACUUUUUGGGAGUGUUAGAGAUACAGGAAGGCAGCGGGAAGCUGAACUCUUCGACUGUUUGGAGCGUACUGCGAUCAGCAGUUAUAUCACUCUAUCCGCACAAUGCUCCAGAACUGCUCGAAGCAAUAUACGCGCGUGAUCUAGCGCGGUUCAAAACAGCUUUAUGA